UGUCGCGACAGCAAACGCGCGUUCCGCUUAAGCUUUUAAUGCUAAUUUUUCUUGACUGCAACUUGUGUGUGCGAGUGUUAGUGUGUGUGUGUCUAUGAAUGUGCGUUAGUGUGCGCAUGCGCAACUGUUUUUGAAGCAGACGGCGCUUGAGUUUCGUCACGUUCGCUUUUAAAUCAUUGAGAACAUAACAUUUGGUGCAACGGUAAUUGGGAAUUCAAUUGUUUUUGACAGUUGUUGCAUUUUUGUGAUAUACCUAAGUCGUAGCCAUGGCUGUCAAAUGCGCCCUGAUGGCGCUAUCGAUGCUGCUGCUGCUCCUGGCACUGGCCACUGCCUAUGAUCACACACUGAAGCUGGACUUCCCGGGUCCGUAUUGUGCGCGACAGAACACAUGCUGCAAGGAUCGGCGUGACGGCUGCUCGAUGCCCAUCUCAACUACACUUUGCUACUGUGAUGAGUUCUGCGAUCGCGAUGACUCCGGCGAUUGCUGUCCGGAUUAUCGCUCCUUCUGCUUCAAUGAACCGGAUCCGGUGUUGAGCUGCCUGCACAACGGCAUCUACUUCCACAAGUACAACACCACAUUCGAUAACUGCAACGAGUGCCGUUGCCUCGAUGGCGGCGUCGUUCAGUGCGACACUGAUCUCUGUCUGACCGACGACGAGCUCGUCCACAGCGUCAACUCCAUCCACGAACUCGGCUGGUCGGCGCGCAAAUACGACGAGUGGUGGGGACGCAAGUACAGCGAGGGUCUGCGUCUGCGUCUGGGCACCAAGGAACCCACUUAUCGUGUGAAGGCCAUGACCCGUUUGUCCAAUCCGGCCAACGACUUGCCAAAUCAAUUCAAUGCGGUCGAGAAGUGGUCCAGCUACAUUUCCGAUGUGCCCGAUCAGGGCUGGUGCGGUUCCUCAUGGGUGCUGUCCACCACCUCGGUGGCAUCCGAUCGCUUUGCCAUCCAGAGUCAAGGCAAGGAGAUCGUUCAGCUGUCGCCGCAGAACAUCCUGUCGUGCACACGUCGCCAGCAGGGCUGCGAGGGCGGACACCUGGAUGCAGCCUGGCGUUAUCUGCACAAGAAGGGCGUCGUCGAUGAGCAGUGUUAUCCCUACACACAGCAGCGCGGCAGCUGCAAGAUUCGUCACAACAGCCGCUCGCUGAAGGCCAACGGCUGUCGGGCCGCCACGGGUGUGAAUCGUGAUAACUUCUACACCGUUGGCCCCGCCUACAGUCUGAGUCGGGAGGCUGACAUCAUGGCCGAGAUCUAUCACUCGGGACCCGUGCAGGCCACCAUGCGCAUCUACAGGGAUUUCUUCUCGUACUCAGGUGGUGUCUAUCACCAGACAGCCGCCAAUCGUGGCGCACCCACUGGCUUCCACUCGGUGAAACUUGUGGGCUGGGGCGAGGAGCAUGAUGGUGUUAAGUACUGGAUCGCGGCCAAUUCGUGGGGUCCUUGGUGGGGCGAACAUGGCUAUUUCCGCAUUCAACGUGGCCGCAAUGAGUGCGGCAUCGAGGAGUAUGUGCUGGCUUCGUGGCCAGAUGUGUACAACUAUUUCCGCACAAAGUCGGCAUAAGUUGUUACCGAAGAAGAGAGCAAGAAAUUAAGCUCACGUAAUCUCUCGAGCUUUGCAGUGACGAACAAUUUUUAUCUCAUGUUUCAAAAUUUUCCAUUUUGCUCCGGCACUGAAAGUGAAUUAGGCGCUUCUAAUUGUAAAUUUAUGCUAGAUCUUAGGUACUAAUAAAAAAACAAAAACAAUGAUUAGCUUUAA